AUGCGAAGCUUGCAGCGCUCCUGGCAGCAGCGCUUAGCAGCGUGGCUCGAUGCUCAGAGCAUCCCAGGCAGAAAGCUGCUCAACCUUGUCAACACAGGCUAUCCUAACACUGCCAUGCUUCGAAAAUCGUGGCUCCUGGCCAUCGGUGGCCUUGUUGGCGUGACUGGAAGCUACACUGCUCCGAGAUACCAGAUUCUGGAUGCCAAGGCUGACAUCCGGGACCUCGACGUAGGAGACCUGGAUGACAUGGAGGUGGAUGUCCCCAAGCCCUUCGUGGAGCAUGUUAAGGAAGUGCGAGAACAAAAGAACAAGCCGAAGAUUGAUUCCAAUUCAGAGGACUUCAAGCGAGACCCGGCAUCCUUCAUGUCAUCAGGCAGCAGCGGUGUCAGCAUGGCCUUUGUGCAAUUGGACGUGAAGUGGGCCAUGGAGCAUGGCAAGCAUGAGACCACAAGCCUUGCUAGAAGCUGGACGAGCCUUCUGGAGAAUGGAGGAGUUUCGGCGCAGAUCUACGACACCGAUCCGGGCUCCAUCUUGAUCGUGAACAAGAUCCCAGCCCAGAACAUCAAGAUCAAAGAGUUCGUGCUCUCCCAGCCUCACGUGGACUACUACGAGUUGAACCAGAAGCGCUUCUAUCCUGACGGGCGGAUGUCACCGCUCGUCACCGACGACGAGAGGAGAGAGAGGAUGGCGACGAUUCCAGGUCGUCUCGGAGCUAACAAGCCGAAGCCCGUGUACAAGCCCUCCGAGCCCAAAACAGGCAAAGGAAGGCUCUGA